UCUGAUACAGAAAUUCCUAUUGUCUAAAAACAUGGCUUCUGCACAAGUAGAUAAAACCAACAUAGAAGUUGAUGAUUUCCUUGUAAGGGAGAUUGAGAAACCAAGAAAUUCAACCAUGGAGAGCUUGCAAAAUGAAAAGCAAAUUAUGGUGGAUCCACUUUCACUAAAAGGUUCUCCUAUUAAAUACACUACCACUAUGCUUCCAACUAUAAUCACAACUUCAUCAUCCAUCAUUUUGCACCCUCCACCACUACAACCUCCAAAGCCAAGAUUCUUAAGCACAAGUCUCCCAAAUUCAGCUAACUCAUCGCCUCGAUUUGCUUCACCACUUUCCAAGAAGAAACAAAGAGGAGAGAGCCCGGAAUCACAGGGCCACGGAAGUAAUUUGACCCACAAACUUCAGCAUUUGCUACAAGAAGUGCAUUUAAGGAAGAGCAAGUCAUGUGGUGGAGCAAUAGCAUUUGCUACCUCAGAUGAAUUUGAUCACUGGUUGAGCAAAAUAAGUGCAUUGGAGCAUGAAAAGUGGCACCAUGACAACUUCUCCAAAAUUGAAGUUGUCAAAGAAAGUCCAAAGAGUGUUAAGCUUAAGCACAUGAAAACUGCACAUGAUGGAUUUAAAUGCAGUGCCCUUUGCCUUUAUCUACCUGGCUUUGGUGGUAAACUAAAGCCAGUUAAAGCAAGAAAGGAAGAAUCAGAAAAGGGUGGUACAAUGUCUAGGACAGUUUCCUUGGAAAAAUUUGAGUGUGGUUCAUGGUCUUCUGCUGCAAUAUUCAAUGAGAUUGAAGGGGACUCCACUAACUCCUACUUUGAUUUGCCUAUGGAGUUGAUCAAAUGCAGUGCCAAUGAAGUGUAUUCGCCCGUUGCUUCAUCUUUUGUUUUUGAAAGAGACCUUAAAGGCAUUCUGAAGAAUGGUUCCUCUAGAGCUAGUGUCAGAAAAUCAGAUGCAUCGCCUCGCCAUGUUCGGUUUUCUACAUCAUCUUCUGCAUCACACCCUGCCUCUCCAGCGUCCUGCAUCUCUCCUCGUUUGAGGAAAGCCAGAGAAGAUUUCAAUGCCUUCUUAGCAGCAGCACAAAGUGCAUGAUUUUAGCCUACGGAAAUAUGUAAUGUGAAAUAAAAUUGUCUACUCAGAAAGGUUCAUUUGUAGUUGUUUAUGUUAUAUUUCUAUUCACCUGCUUAUGUAGCCAAUGUCUGCAGUCUGCAUAAUCGUUAUGCAAGUGCUGGACUACAUGUUAACUAAUUAGUUUUAAAGGGAAGAUGUAGGGUAUUUUUGUUUGUGAUACAAAUGAUCAUCUAUGGUUUUCUCACCAUGCAUAAACUAUUAAACUGUACUCAAAUGAGUUGCCUGUUUAUCUGAGAGGUCAGUAAUCUCAAGACAACUUUUGAUUUUUA